AUGGCUGUUGAUCCUGCCCUCGACGAGUACGUGCCGGGAACCGACGAGGAGAAGGCCCUGGUCCGCAAGAUCGACCUGUUUCUGCUUCCCACCAUCUGGCUCAUGUAUCUGCUCAGUUACAUGGACCGCACAAACAUCGGAAAUGCCAAGAUUGCUGGUAUGGCCGACGACCUCGGCAUGGACUCCAACAUGUACUCCGUCACCCUCGUCGUCUUUUUCAUCGGUUACGUGCUUUGCGAAGUUCCCUCCAACAUGAUUCUUGCUCGAACUCGACCCAGCAGAUUCCUCCCCGCCAUCAUGUUCGUCUGGGGUCUAGUCACCGUUGGCAUGGCCUGGGUUCCUUCAUACCACGGUCUUAUUGGUUUCCGUGUCGUUGUCGGUGUCCUCGAGGCUGGUUUCGCCCCCGGUGUCCUCCUUCUCCUCUCCUCGUGGUACAAGAAGUCUGAGCAGUCUAAGCGAUUCGCCGUCUACAUCUCUGCUGCUAUCCUCUCCGGUGCCUUCGGCGGUCUCCUCGCCGGUGCUAUCACUUCGGGUCUGGACGGUGUUCAUGGCCUCGCCGGUUGGCGAUGGCUCUUCAUUGUCGAGGGUGCUGCCACCUCUGCCUGGUCUAUUGUUGCUGCCUUCAUCCUGUUGGAUUUCCCUGCCAACAGCAAGCGCUUGACCGACGCCGAGCGCCGUCUCGCCAUCCUCCGUCUCAAGAGCGAGGCCUUGAUUAUCCACAGUGAGGACCAGCCUGAGCUUGGCCAUUUGGCAGCCCUUAAGGUUGCUCUUGGAAACUGGCGCACCUGGAUGUUCGUCGUUGGCUACAUGGCCAUCGUCGGUUCCUCCACUCUCUCCUACUUCUACCCGACCCUCGUCAACGGUCUCGGCUAUGAAGCCCACAUUGCCCAGUACAUGACCAUCCCCAUCUACAUCGUUGCAUUCGUCUGCACUGCCGUCACUGGAAUCCUCAUGGAUCGCUACCCUAGUAAGCGUGGCUAUGUCCUCGGAGCCUGGAUGUCCGUUGCCAUGAUCUGCGCCAUCAUCAUUUGCGCAGUCUACAACUUCAAGGCCCGCUACGCCCUACUGAUCAUCAUGGCCUCAUCUUUGUGGGCUUCCAACGGUCUUGCCUUGUCUUACACCUCCUCGACCUUCUCCGAGGCGCCGGCUGAGGUCCGCGCCAUUCUCCUGGCCUUUGUCAACGCCAUGGGCAACCUGGCUCAGAUCUACGGAGCCUACCUCUUCCCCAGCGACGACAAGCCCAAGUAUCUCAUGGGAUUCGGCGUCAUCAGCGGUCUUUGCUUCACUGGUGUUGCCGCCUACGUUGGUCUGGCGGUCCUACUCAAGAAGUGGCCCGUCAAAAAGUAA